AAGGGGCCCUGGGGGGUCUGUCACUGCCCCACAGCUGAGGGGGCCUGGGGGCUGUCACCAUGAAGCCCGGGGGACUGUCACCUCCCCAUGGCCAGAGGGUCGCUGAGGGCUGUCACUGCUCAGUGGCUGAGAGGACUUGGGGGUCUGUCCCAAUCCCUCAGCUGACGGGUCCCAAGGGCUGUCACCGCCCCACAGCUGCAGAGGUCUGGGGGGGGUCUGUCACUGCUCCACAGCUAAGGGGUCCCAUGGGUCUGUCACCACCCCACGGGCCUCCUCAUGCCAGCACCUUCCAGCCGACCACCAUCCAAGGGCAGCCGCCGGCCCCUGCCCGCAGCCAGCACCCCAGCGCUCCACGCUUGCCUUCGGCAUUUCACGUGCGACUCAAAAUGUCUCCUGCAGGGACCAUCCUGUGUGCAACCAGCCCGGGACUGCGGGGACAACCCUGCUCCCCAUCGUCCUGGGGGCGCCACCUCCCACCAAACCACCUGGAUGAUUAUGGACCAGGAUUUUAUUGCCAUAAGUGCUUUGUGCAAGAGCAACAGUACCCUCCAGAGGGUGCAGUCUUGUCGUUGGAGAUCGCAACGCUCCCGCUGCACAGUCUUGGUGCCAAAGAUGCCUUUGCCGCCCCGCGUCCCCACACAUGGUCGGCAUCAGAGUCGCUCCUGGCUCUUCCCAAAACAACCGGGAGAGACAAGGCCAAGCGUCGCAGGGUCCAUGUAAUUUUUAAAGCCGGCACGCAUCUGGAGAGAGCGGAUGGUCUAGAGGGCAUUCCAGUCGUCAGUGGAAAUCAGGAAAUUAUUCAUAGCGGUGGCUCUGCCAACGACCGGGGCGCAUGGAGACCCCAGCCAGGACCUCGGGGCCCUGUUAUUUUAGACCUGACCUACACAGAAGAGGAGAUGUCAGCGCAUCGAGGAACGGGGAGAGCAAGAGGAGAUGAGAGGCAGCGGAUGAACGUUAACGCCGUAAGUCAUCAGCACAGCCCGCAGCAGUCCAUCCCCGAUGUUUCACCACCAUGCCCUUUCUGCCGGGCAGUGCUGCCCGCACGACGGAGCCGCAGAAGCGAGCGUGGCCCCCACCCCAGCUCUCCCCCCCACCUUGACCACUGCUCUGUGCAUUUGGCUGGUGUUUCAGGGCUCCUGCCCCUCCUUUCCAGUGCCUCGCACUUGUCCUGCUUCCUCAGACACCAGCUCUGCUUCAUUUGAUACCUUCCACACUCUCCUGGGGCUGCUUUCUGUCGCUUUAGCUUUGUGGCAUGCCCCGCUCUUUAAAACGUUUAAAAUAAAUGCUUUCCCUUUAUUAUUUUUAGGUCUAUAUAGAUAUUUUAAGUGCAUCUAUUUCAGUUCAGUAAAUGCAUGGUAAUAAAGCAGCCCUGCUGACAGCUAGCCCAGCCAGGCUGCCCGCUUGCUGUGGACCUCUCUGUCCCAGGUGGGUCAGUGGAUGGGAGCUGUGAACGUUACACCUCUGCUUCCCCUGCAGGAAAAACCAGGCUGUGCUGCAUGCUGUAAAUGCCUUUCACAUGUUCCCCAGACCCCAGUUAAAUUGAACCCCAGAAGGUCUCUCAAAGCAUGAAAAAUGCAUUUGCAAGAUGCUGGAAAGGAGAUGUAUUCCAUAACUACUCUGGUGACCAGGCGUGCUGACUUUUGUCAUGUGGAGAAGGAACCAAAAGGGGGUAUUUCUUGUUAUUUCAUACUGCUGAUGGGAUUUUAUCUCUGGCAGCAAAUCCAGGAACUUUUUAGUUACCAUUAUUGUUUGAUUUUAUGGGCCAUUUGAUAUUUAUUUUUAUUUCUAUUCAUUAUUUGUUGAGUGCACUUAGCCCCUUCCCCAAGGAGCCUGCCUUAUAUCUAAGGUGAUUUUUACGACCAGUGUUAGCACAGCAUCUGAGCAACUUGCACAACUUUAAUAUAUUUAUCUGGCGCACACAGUUUAUCAAGGCAGUCCUGGUAUUCCUACUGUGGAAAGCGGUGGUCUGCCUGUAAAAUCACAGAUCUAACUUACUAGGUUAAAA